GCGGUGUCGGGAUGUCGCGGGGCCGGGAGCGUGUGGUGGCCCUGGUGGACAUGGACUGCUUCUUCAUGCAGGUCGAGCAGCGCCUCGACCCGCAGCUGCGCGGCCGCCCCUGCGCCGUGGUGCAGUACACCGAGUGGCAGGGCGGCGGGAUCAUCGCCGUGAGCUACGAGGCGCGCGCCUUCGGCGUGUCCCGCGGGAUGUGGGCGUCGGAGGCGCGGGCGCUGUGCCCGGAGCUGGCGCUGGCGCGGGUGCCGCAGGCGCGGGGAAAGGCGGACCUCACCCGGUACCGGGAUGCGAGCGUGGAGGUGAUGCAGGUGCUGUCGCGGUUCGCCGCCAUCGAGCGCGCCAGCAUCGACGAGGCGUACCUGGACCUGACCGGCAGCGUCCGGGACCGGCUGCGCGCCCUGCGCGGCGGGGCCGUGUCCGCAGCGCUGCUGCCCAGCACCUUCGUGCAGGGGCUGCCGGCAGACCCCGGCCCCGAAUCCGGCGGGAAGGGUACGCACCCGGACCCGCUUUGCUUUGAGGCUGCGCAGCGAGAAAGGAGCACA